AUGGAGCCAGCAGCGUCCGCCAGCGCCGCGUCGGCGCGGCCGAUGGAGCCCCAUUGUGCGCCAGCCCCGCAAUCCUCGGACGAAGCUUCCUCGUCCUACUCCGCGUGUCUCCAUGCUGAUUUGAGGCCGGUGGCGUGCGAUGCGAGCGGCGAGGAGGGCGUCCUCCACGACCUGGACUCCCAGUGGGCGGCGGCAGCCGAGGCGUAA